UUUGGAAACUGAAAAAUGGGCAGGCCUAUUUUGUCAGUUUCCAAUACGGUAGUGGGCUAUUAUUGGGCCCUGAAAUUGGGGCCUGAAAGCCAGUUAAGUAGCAAUCACCCCGCCCCCGCCCGGUUCCUCGUUCCUAUCAUUCUCUUCCUUCCUCCUCUGAGAGUACGGAGAUCGACAGCAAUAAUGUCCGGCGACGGCUUAACGGCGAAUAUGGCUGGAAUGACUAAACAGGAGCUGUACGAUAUUAUGUCUCAGAUGAAGUCGCUAGUGGAACAGAACCAGCACCAAGCAAGGCAAAUUCUCAUUCAAAAACCUAGCAUGACUAGAGCACUCUUUCAGGCACAAAUAAUGCUUGGGAUGGUGCAGCCCCCACGAGCAAUACCAACCAUCCAGACGACAGGAACAUUGAGUACUCAGCCACCAGUAUCUCAGCUUCCACAGCCAAUUGUUCAGACCACUCCAUCGUUGCCAGGGCAUAUUUGCAUUCAGGAACAGACAAGAAAGCAGCAGCAGAAUCAACCUGCUCCAACAACGCCAUCUGCGCCUCUUCCACCCUUGAACCUUCAAUCCACAUCCAUGCCAUCUCAUCCAUUGCAGUCAGUGCAGCAGCAGAAAGGACAUAUUGGUGCCCAGGCCACACCAAUCUCUCUACCACAGACUUCUCAAGUUCCUAAUAUGUCACAGCUUCCUCGUCAUUCUGCUGCACCACUGCCAUCUCAUCUUCAACAACAGAUGCAUCCGGCAUCCCCCAAGUUGGAGCAACCAAUGCAAACUAGUGGAAACCAACACCUGGCUAUGCAACCACCGCUACCGCCACAAGUGAGACCAUCGAUGCAACCCUUCCCCCAUCAAGUUCACCCUCACAUGGGGCCCAGUGCUGGUUAUCCGCAAUCUGGAGCAACUCAGCACCACCAUUCGCAACCUGCUUAUCAUCCUGCACUGAGGCCUCCAGCAAGCAUGGGGCCUUCUUUUCUACCGGGACAACCACCAGGUCCAAAUCAGCUGCCACCCCAGUCUCUAUAUCAGAUGGGAGGUUCACAUUUGAGACCAGAAUUCAAUCAAGUUGGAAGUUCAAUGCAAGCAGAUCGAGUAUCUCCUUGGAUUCCUGGUUUACCAGAGAAUACCUCAGGAACACAGCUCCCAGGACCACCGUCAUUCCCUGCACAGAUGGGCCCAAGCAAUCAGCCUUCUAGACUGGCAGGACUGUCCCUAGAGAUGGAGAAGGCACUUCUUCAGCAAGUAAGGAGUCUGACCCCAGAACAGAUUAACAUGCUACCUCCGGAGCAAAGGAAUCAAGUGCUUCAGUUGCAGCAAAUGCUCCGUUAAUCAGAAGCAAGUGCUGCAGAAGACAGUUUUGCGAAGAAACUGAAACAUGCCUAUCUGGCUAAUCGAUUUUUCUAUUUAUCCAUCAACAUUGGGUGUAGAUGGACAGUGUGCCCUUGUUCAAUGGUGUGUUUCCCCCUUUGUUAAGGUUAUUUUUCUUAGCUCAAGUAGGGUUGCCUGUCAUGUUGCUAACAAAUCAUAACGGUUCCUUAUAGGCGUUGGUGGAUCUCCUUUGGUGCAUAUAUAUCCCAUCUUUUCGACCCUGGAUGCUCUCCUCUAUUUUUUUUUAUUUUUUUUAUAUCUACUGUAACUUGCAUGUAGCAUGUCUCUUGUAUUAUCAUAGCCUAAUACUGCUCAAGUAUGAGAUUGUGAAACAGUAUAGUCCCCUCCCCUUUUAUCUUGUAUCUGAAUUUUCUAGAAUCAUUUGGAUUUGCUGA